GGUGAGGGCUGAGAUAGGCAGCAAAUCCGUGCCUUUGUGGGCUGGAAGAUUUCGCUUCCACACAAUGCUGGAGGGGGGGAAACGAGCUGAUCUCACGUCCCGUUGACUGAAACCAAUCGCGGUAGCGGAGAGGCUGGGCUUGCGUUAGUGCUGGGUGCGGCAGGGCGCAUGCUUGCAACCGCAGCCUGGUCUAAUUGCAUUAUUGCUGUUGCCUGUCCCGGCUGGAAGCGGCUCGAUAUUAAAAAGGGGGGAGGCUGCAAAGGGGAAAAAAAAGAGAAGCAGGAAUAAAGGCGUGCAAUUUAAAUAUAUAUCUAUAUUUAAAAAUAAAAGCAUUGUGAAGCUGCAGCGACAAUCGGAUCUUGCAACACGGGAAACUCUGCAUUGAAUUGCAAGUAAUCACAGCCAUGUCUUACCAAGGCAAGAAAAAUAUACCACGCAUCACGAGCGAGCGUAUGCUAGUAAAAGGUGGAAAAAUCGUUAAUGAUGACCAGUCAUUCUUUGCUGACAUUUACGUGGAAGAUGGACUGAUCAAGCAAAUUGGUGAAAAUCUGAUUGUUCCUGGUGGGGUUAAAGUUGUAGAUGCCCACGGAAGGAUGGUUAUACCAGGGGGGAUUGAUGUCCACACCCGCCUACAGAUGCCCAGCAAGGGGAUGACGGCCGCUGAUGACUUCUCCCAGGGAACAAAAGCAGCCCUGGCUGGAGGCACAACCAUGAUUUUUGACCAUGUACUGGUGGAGCCUGGGGUCAGCUUGAUCACGGCGUUUGAACAGUGGAGAGAUUGGGCGGACAGCAAGUCCUGCUGCGACUACUCAUUACACGUUGAUAUCACCGAGUGGUACAAAGGCCUGCAGGAAGAGAUGGAGUUCCUGGUGAAGGAGCACGGUGUGAACUCCUUCCUCAUCUACAUGGCUUACAAGGAACGCUACCAGCUCUCUGAUGCCCAGAUGUAUGAAGCCCUGAGCGCGAUCCGCGACAUGGGCGCCAUCGCCCAAGUUCAUGCUGAAAAUGGUGACAUUAUUGCUGAGGAGCAGCAGAGGAUUCUUGCACUGGGUAUUACUGGACCUGAAGGCCAUGUGCUAAGCAGACCAGAAGAGGUGGAGGCCGAAGCCGUGAAUCGGGCCAUCACUAUUGCAAAUCAAACCAACUGCCCGCUCUACGUGACCAAGGUAAUGAGCAAGGCUGCAGCUGAUAUCAUCGCCCAGGCCAGGAAGAAAGGUACUGUUGUGUAUGGGGAACCGAUCACUGCAAGUCUGGGCACCGAUGGAUCUCAUUACUGGAGCAAGAACUGGGCUAAGGCAGCUGCCUUUGUGACUUCCCCGCCACUGAGCCCUGAUCCAACCACCCCAGACUACCUGAACUCCUUGCUGUCCUGUGGUGAUCUGCAGGUCACCGGCAGUGCUCACUGCACCUUCAACACCUCCCAGAAGGCUGUAGGGAAGGAUGACUUCACCAUGAUUCCAGAGGGUACCAAUGGGGUUGAAGAGCGGAUGUCCAUUGUGUGGGACAAGGCCGUGGUCUCCGGCAAAAUGGAUGAAAAUCAAUUUGUGGCUGUGACCAGCACCAAUGCAGCCAAGAUUUUCAACCUGUACCCAAGGAAGGGUCGUAUCGCUGUGGGUUCGGAUGCAGACCUUGUCAUCUGGGACCCUGACAUCGUCAAGACAAUCACUGCAAAGAACCAUAACCUGGCAGUGGAGUACAACAUAUUUGAGGGAAUGGAGUGCCGUGGUGGACCAUUGGUCGUCAUAAGCCAAGGGAAAAUUGUCCUGGAGGAUGGAAUGAUGCAUGCUUCCGACGGCUCUGGACGCUUUAUCCCCAAGAAGGCAUUCCCCGAUUAUGUCUACAAGAGGAUUAAAGCACGGAGCAAGUUAACAGAACUGCGAGGUGUCCCCCGAGGGCUCUACGAUGGCCCCGUCUGUGAGGUUUCCGUGACGCCCAAAUCCGUCACGCCCGCUUCCUCUGCGAGGACCUCUCCUGCCAAGCAGCAAGUGCCCCCUGUGCGGAACCUGCACCAAUCAGGAUUCAGUUUGUCUGGUGCACAGGUAGACGACAAUCUCCCUCGCCGUACCGGCCAGCGCAUCGUGAUGCCUCCUGGCGGCCACGCAAACAUUACAACGCUCGGAUGAUCGAUCCCUGGUUGUGCACUGGUGCCGGUGAAGCUGUCAUCAUUCCUUCCGUUUUUGUUUUUUGGAAGAGCCUGUGACGGUUACUGUGGACAAACAAUCCUGGGCUCCUAUACACCCUUCCAGUGUAACAUUAAACGCCAACAGUUAAUGCGAGGGAGCAUCGCUCUCUCUCCUCAAACCCAUGUUCUGAUGUGAUGAGAUGCUCCUGGGUAGCUGGUUUGUUUAAGAUGUAAAGCACCUUGAUUGAGGGAGAUAGGACUGAAUUCCUGGGAACCCCUGUGCAAUAGAAGCAUUGUUGUGGCGGAGGGGAGAGAUCUAACUGGGGGGAGGGUGGUGGGAUCGAGGAAAAUGUGUGUCCGAACCCAAUCUGUUCUCAGUAGACACAGUCUAGGAUAUAUUGCAUUUGCAUUACAUUCAAAAAUUGUUUUAGUCAUUUUAACUCAUUUGGUUCAAUUUGAUUUGUUGAACUUUUAUUUAAUAAUACAUUUUAAUUGCUUUUUAUUUGAAAAUUUCACUGAGUGUAUUGAAUAUUCAUCACAAACCUUGGUGCUUAUUGAAAAGCAGCAGAUGCUGAAAACUUAAAGAUGAAUUGGCGGCGAUGCGCAAAUCCAGAAAUAGAAAGACAAGCUUGAUGUUAGCUUGCAUUUUCUAUUUCGACUACUUGUGCAGUGGAGAAGGCUGUAAAUCUCCCCCUUCGCCUGGUUUCAGUAAUCUUCCUCAAAUGACUAUUGAGAGCAGUUUGCUUCCAAGGCUGCAGAGGAUGCAUCGCAUCGUGAAGUGUAACCAUUGUUUGUGUGUGUGUGUGUGUGUGUGUGUGUGUGUGCGCGCGCGC